AGUAGCCCCCCACUUAUCCACAGCUUAGCUUUCUGUGGUUUCAGUUAUCCAGUCCAGAAGUAUACGAUUCUCCUUAUGACACAUCAUCAGAAGGUCAAUAACGGCCUAACAUUAUGUCACAAUGCCUACAUCAUUCACCUCACUUCAUCUCAUCAUGUAGGCAUUUGAUUUCACAUCACCACAAAAAGGGAAAAUAAUCAUCCCAAUGUGCGGAAGCUACCAAGAUUCACAAAAGACACCAUUUAAAACCGCCCUGUGACUGAGUGUCACCCAGUGGUGACACCACGAGAUGCAGGGCCCUCCGCGAGAUGAAAAGGAGAGAGAGAAACCUAGGGCUCUCCCAAAACAUCACAGUUAAGAGUGAGCAGUGUUCCCGCUGGUAAGGACAGGGCGGGGGCGGCGGCGGCGGCGGGGAAUCCGAGGACUGCUGGAUCCCAGGUGCUGUGCCUUCACGACCCGAGGUCCCCGAGGUCGCUGGCGUCUGAGAGGCCUAGCUCCUGAGGCCUCUCCUCAGAUUUCAAAGUUAGCUCCGAGGGCGUAACCCCACUUAAAAAAAAAAAAAAAAAAAGGAGUGGGCGCGUUCUCGUGUCCGAAAGGCGGACGGGGAGAAACACAAAGCUGCCGUCAUCAGCGGACGGGAAUGCCGGCCUGGGAAAACGGACGGGAACGCGUCGACCCAGGAAAAAAAAAGGGGUCCUGGCUCCAGCGCGGGGCAAAAGGGGGGACCACUGACGUAAUGCACCUCUGACGAGAACCGAGAAGGGACCGGAGCAGGUUGGAAGCACUUGCACGCCCGGCGGGGAAGGGACGGAUGAUACGAGGGCGAAGAAAGAGCCGAAAUAGCAAAGAUGCCGCAAAACCAUACGGAGAAGUGGGAAAUUCGGGAAGGCGUAGUGGGCAAGACCAGAGGCACAAAAGAAAAGAACUACGGCGGGAGCCAGGAAGCGAAGUGGAAAAGCCGGCAAGGCGGACACGUAGUAAAAGGCGCAAGCCGGCCGGCAGAACGCAGUCCCCAGAACGCCUAAGGCAGCCUCUCCCCGCCUCACGGUACCUUCAGCUUAUGGAGCUCCACCGUCUCCGCCGCCAUCUUGCCGCCCCUCCAGGCCGCCACCCCCGCCCGCGGCCUCCGCUUCCCGGAGCUCCCGCCUGGCCGCCGCGAGCCACGCGGACCAAUCGCGGUGGCUCUUACUCCCGCCUCACACUACCAACCCCUCCCAUUAGUCCAGAGCGGACGUCGCGCUCGCCGGGCCGGCGGCUUCCCCCGGCUCUCUCCGAAGGCGGGGCGGGGGAGGGGCGGGCCCUGCGCGGUCCGAACGGCGGAAACGGCGGCCAAUCGCGCGGCCCCGUCGCAAACUGCCAGCCAAUGGGUGGCGGCAGCGCUGACCGCGUUCCACCAAUAGGGGGAGGGCGGCUGGGCGGGGGCGGUGGCUUCCUGGAGACCGCAGGUGUGGGAGCGGACGCCGCGCCUCGAGUGGGACCCGCUGGGGAAGCCGCAGGCCACGGGGAUGAGAGAAACGACGGCAAGCCCCCAAGGAAGUGAAAGGGACACCCUUUGAGACCCCUGACCAAGGGAAGGCUCGGCUACUGACACACUGGGAACAGAUGGACUACGGGCUCCAAUUUACCUCCUCCCGCAAAUUCCUCAGCAUCUCUCCUAUUGUACU